AUGGGUCAGUUUGUGAGGGCUUUCCGCGACCAGUUGGAACAUAUCGAAGAGGACGUACGCGGAUUUCCGCAGGAGAUGUUGACCUACUGCAAUGACGACAACGAUGGCAACGAGAACGAGAAGAAGAACGACAACAUGGACGACGCGAGUACCGACAGCGAUGAUGAUGACAGCGAUAUUGCCACAAUCAAAGUGAAUCUCAGAACGGAGAUCAGAGUCCAAAGCCUCUCCGACUCUUUCCCCCGGACUGUGAUAGUCCUAGAAGUUAACUUCAACGAAAUGGAAACAAACCCCUUCCAUCUCGUCGAGAUUCCUCGUGGCACCGAGUUCCAUGGGAUUAUUGAAAAUAUGGAGCGGUGCAUGCACCACGUCGACGAACGCUUAUUCGACCAAGUAAGUCUACGAAACGCUGGCAAACCACGACCUUGGUUCGAAUUUGAAUCUUUCCAACACCUGCGAGCUCUGCUGGAAGACAGCAAGGAUAACUCCGGGGCUAACGACGGUGAUUGGAUAGACCAGCUCUUGUUUGAGCCAGGUCUUCAGAGAAUCGAUGUUUUGUUCAAAUAUAGGGCUUACAGGAACACAGGCCGCAAGUACGAGCUCACCGGCGAGAAUGGGAAAGAUGUCACUGUCGGCCAGUUCGUGAAAGCUUUCCGUGAUCAGCUGCAGCACACCGAGGCAGACACACGGAAGUUUUCUGGAGAGCUUUCCCUCAUCUGCAACGACUGUUUCGGUAAUGCUCUAUGA